GCUGUGUGGUAUGUACCGAGACGUCAGAGUACUGGUGGUAUGAUCCCCAUAUCACAUGGCAAACAACGACGGGAGCAGUGAUAUUUACCAUACAAUUACAACGUCCGCUCGAGUGUGCGUCCAUCUGUUCGUCCGACACCGACUGUUUGGUAUUUGGCUUCAGUAAAGUUACAAAUACCUGCAAAGGGUACAGUCGGUUACAAACUCCCAUAGGAGUAAGUCCGCUGACUGUUCUUGGGUCUGCAGAGAAAAUCUACAAGAAUGACCAAAGUUGUAGCCGGGCCGGAUUUGAUUUCAUUCAGGAGGGUCGCCUUUGUGUGAAAAUAUUUACCAAUAACAUCGAUUGGGACGACGCCAAGAGUAUUUGCGAAAUGAAUUAUGGCCGCCUUAUCGUCAUCGACACGGAACAAAAAUUGAACGCAUUUUCGGGGUAUCUAGAUACUAUGGGUUAUGCCAGCGACCGCCUGUGGAUAGGUGCCACCGAUAAGGCUGAUGAGGGCACCUGGGUGUGGCUGAACGGACAAGGAGUGGAUCAGUCUUACUGGGACGACGUGAUAUUAAAUGAUUUUUGUAUGGAAGACUUUUUUGCCUUCACUGCUGAAUGUGGUAGAAUUCAGUAUAGGACCCUUAGCGAUGAUACCUGUGGCAUUUCACAGGCGUAUGUCUGUGAGAGGCCGGACAUCGUCUAGCAUUAGAAUAUCACUUCCGUUUUCAUACUCGUGUACAUGUACAUAUAUCUUGCUGUCAAUGUUUAUUUAUCUUAGCGAGCUCGUAUAGUACUAUUCUGUGUACAAU